ACCGUCCCGCACACAGGAUGUGACACGUUGGAAGUGUAGGACUUUCCUGUAUCGAUACCAAUGUUUCACACCCCUUGACGAGAAUUCUUCCACCUUUGUCUCUCUCCUUCUUUCUGUGCUCGCCAUCGAUCGACGUCGCCAUAGUCCCAUCACCCAUGUCGGCUCCCAAGCGCUCUUUGAAAUAUGCUAGACAUGUAGUCGGCGGCGUUCGCCACGAAGUCGGUCUUCUUCGUCGAAGCGAUGCUAGUACGGACUUGAUACCACAACCGUCAUUCGCGUUAAGACUGUCAAGCAGCCACCGUGGCCUCUCUGCAACACCCAUCCGACGGCCAUGCAUAAGGCACGAUCCUGUCCUCCAGAAACGAGGCACUCUCUCGCUACCAUUAAGACUUUUCCACACAUCCGCCAAAAGACCAUUAUCAGCCACAAUAAUGUCAGGACUCACCGCCAACGCAGUCGUGCAGAAGUCCACUCAGUACUCUGUAGUCAACGACUACGCCACUGGCAAAACCUCAACCCAAGACGAAGCUCUGGACAAGUUUUGCCAGUCUGUCGAAUCAGAAGCCGAGAGUGCCGACGACGAUGACCUUGAGGAGCUGUUGACCAUCUCAUGGAAGGCCAUCAUUUCCUCGGCGGCAGGAACUUCGUUCACCGAUUCUGGUUCACAGAAGCUCGUCGACUUUGUCCUUGAGCUCGGUUCUCGACCUGACCUCGAGAAAAAUGGCAAGCCCCGCGUGCUCCACGAGAUGACCCUCUGGAAGGAUCUCCCAACCUUUGGCUGGCAAAUGCGUGAUGCAUGGAACUUCGUAGCUGCCUCAGACAGUGAUGAAGAAGCAAAACGUCAGGAGUGGAUCAACCUCAACGCCUGGACCGCAUCCCUCGUCUCUUCAGUCCACAAAUCCGGCGCUGAGAGCCCUGACUUCACCCUCUACUGCAUCUGGUCAUUACGUUCUGCGUUGGAAACUGCGAAGACCGAGUCGCCCUCCGACGUGGCCGUAGCCGCCGCCGCUGUGUGGUUCAUCUUCGCUGCCCCAACUAUUCACAAGCUUUCAUCACAGGAGAAAUCCUUCGAAGGUCGACUAGCCGCCGGAGGCCCGGCAUUUUCGGAUCGGGAAUGGAAGGGCUUCUCGACUUCGCGUUGGCAGGCCUGGGUCGAGCGUUUGCGUGAGUUGCAAAGCAGCGUUUCCGAUAACGUUUCGAAACAGCUAGUGCAACAGGCUUUGGACGCUGCAGGCAAGGUUUCGAAGUAGUCGGACUCUCUGGCGAUGAUGACCAUUCUUGUAUAAUUAAAACGGCAUGAAGGGCCGAGGACUGUUUCAGAAGGGUCUUCAGAAAUGAA